AUGCCUAGGGUUCCUAGAUUACAAGAUGAGGAGGAUAAUGAUUGGAUUGAGAAUGGAUAUAAGGAUACUGAUGGGUCUCUUUCUGCAAUGAUAAUGAUGGACUUGAUUGUGGAAAAAAGGGUCCCAACCACGGUACUAAUGUUGGUGCAGAUGAAACUGGAAGAAUUCCUUUUACUUGCCAAUUUGAAGGCUUACUUGGGAGGUUCUUAUCCUACGUUUAGUUUGGUGCCGGUUGACACAAAAAAUUUCUUGUGGGAAAGAUUCCAGCAUGAGAAAUUAGGCAAGCCAACGUGUAUACCUUCGAAACAAAGGAGAAUGAGACUUCGUAGACAACAAGUCACGAAUUGUGUGGGUGUCCAAUCUUCACCUGACUAA